UACGAUUCGGAAGAUGCCCAAACCUUUUACUCUCAAAUCUGGGGCGACGCCGAAACGCACAUUGGACGAUACGAUCUUCUCACGGACGCUGAAAAAUCUAGUCUUACCAAGAUUCAACAGAUUUCGCGUGCGGAAGAAAUUCACGAAGAAAACUUUGUUAAGCUUAUCGCGAGCAAGUUCCGUUCCACGAGUGACGAUAUCCCCAAGGUUCGUAUUCUUGAUAUGGGCUGUGGCUACGGGGGUCUCUUGCGACGGCUCUGGAAAGGUGGUCAUGUUUGGCGUGCCACCGGAUGCGACAUUGCUUCGAAAAUGUGCGGAAAGGCCAGAGUCCUCAACACGGAAAUGGGAGCCGACCAGGACAUUGCGAUUCUCGAAGAAUCAUACCUCGGCGUAUCUGUUCCGGAUGAGAGCGUUGAUCUGGUGAUCAGUAUGGACGCACUGCUCCACGUCGGACCGGAAGGUCAAAAGACGGCCAUCAAGGAAGCUGCACGCGUGCUCCGUCCCGGUGGCUGGAUGGUCUUUUGCGACAUUAUGCAACAAGAAGUCGUCGACCCCGUUGAAAUGCAACCAAUCUACGAUCGCAUUCACCUAACGAAACUUGGAACCGUAUCCAACUACCAGGAGUGCUUGAGCGAGUCUGGCUUCACUAAAUUCGAAUUCGAGCCGCAUUCGGAAAACGUGGCGUCGCACUACGGCACUGUUCGCGAAGUGCUGAUCGAAAAGAAGGGAGAUAUUGCCGUGUCAGAGGCGUUUUUGAACAAGAUGGAAGCCGGAUUGGCUGUCUGGAAGGAACUAGCUCCCCAAAACAUUGUUUGGGGAUUCAUGACGGCCCAAAAGACGGAAAAGGUCAAUAUUUGA